CGCCCACACGUCCUUGCGCACUUCCGGUUCCCCUUCCUUGUGUGCUAAGAUGGCGGACCGGCGACGACGAAGGAGGCGCGCGUCUCAGGACAGCGAGGAUGAGGACGAGUCUGCGUCCGGGUCGGAGAGCGGGAGAUCGGCUUCCCCCAGCGGGAAGAGCCGCGCUAGAAUCCCCGAGCCGGGAGAGUCUCCAGCCGCGCGCGUUGGCGCGAAAAGCGACGUCGAAUCCGAGUGUGAAAGUGAAGAUGGUGUAGGUGAAGCUGUCCUUUCUGACUACGACAGUGCUGAUCCGGAGGAGAACGGCUCGCACUCGGAGGGAGGAGAGGACGAGGAGGAGGAGGGUGAACACUUCAGUGAUGACGACGCUGCUCGCCCAGCCGCAGAACAGAAAGCAACAGCCGAUGUUCCUGCUGAAGGUUUGGGAGAGGAGGAGGAAGAGGAAGAAGAAGAAGAGGAGGAGGAGAGAGACAUAAAAGAAGUGAAAGCUGAUGAAAAGGGCAACUUGGCAGGGGAGAGGCAGAGUGGAGAUGGUCAGGAGAGCACAGAUGAUCCUGAGAACAAGUCAGCUAGUAAAGCUGGUCAGAAGUUGGAUGAUGAUGAAGACCGGAAGAAUCCAGCAUAUAUCCCCCGGAAGGGCCUGUUUUUUGAGCAUGAUGUGAGAGGCCAGGCUCAGGAUGAAGAGAGGCCUAAGGGCAGACAUAGGAAGUUAUGGAAAGAUGAGGGUCGCUGGGAGCACGAUAAGUUCCGGGAGGAGGAACAGGCCCCUAAAUCACGCGAGGAGCUGAUUGCUGUUUACGGUUACGACAUUCGUAACGGCAAUGGCCCCAGUGACACCAGACCAUUCAAGCCACGAAAGCCCAGGCAUCCUGGCCCGCUAAACCAAGAGUCCAAGCGUUACAGGGAUGGUGAGAAGCCCCCCCGCUCCUCAUGGCAUGGUGCGGCUCCCAGUGCCCGUGGUGCCCCCCUUGUGACAGUAACUUCCCAGUCAGGUGUUCCUGCUGCUCCUCGCCCCCAGAAUAGGCCCUCCACCCAGCCCCCUGCACGCACCUUCCAGAGCAGCCGUCGGCCUGAAAUCAGAAGUCAUCCUAAGGCCACCACGCGACCCCAGGCUCCUGAGAGUGAGAGGGCACCCAGGCUCAGGGGCCGAGGUUCUCAUGGACCAUCUCACCAUGCCCAGCGCAGCCCACAAGAGGAUGACGAAGAGGAAGGCGAGAUUCCCACUGUAGCCACCACUUACACUGCCCAUUAUUACAAAACUGAACAGGAGACAACCUCUUCAUCGCAGCAAAAGGAGGAGUGUGGAACAAUGGAGGAGCAGCAGUCGAGCACACCUGGCACAGUAAGAGAGGUGUCUCCACCUCCUGAGAGGCCAGUGGAGAAAAAAUCCUACUCUCUGGCACGUAGGAGCCGAGCCAGGCCCUUGGACCUUAGCAAGCAGGCCUCUCUGGAAGAGGCAGUGAUCACCCCACAGGUUAUGCCCACUGCUGCCAAGACUGAAUCAUGGCAGGGACAGGGUGAGACGGGCACACAGAGUGGCCUGUCAAGGCUCGAUCAGGAUCUGGCUCGUCUCAAUCUGGCUGGGCAAAACUGGACCCAGAGUCCAACCUCAUACCUUCGGCCUGAGAUGAGGGGCAUCCCUAGUUCUAUACAUAUGGGAGGUGGUCCUCCUCAAUAUGGCAAUAUGGAGGACAUGGGUGUUGGUGGUGGCCGGGCUAAGCGGUAUUCGUCUCAGAGGCAGAGGCCAGUGCCUGAACCAGCGCCAAUGCACAUAGGGCUCAUGGAGGGCCACUAUUACGAACCCAUGUCAUUCCAAGGACCAAUCUACACACAUGGCGACAGUCCUGCUCCCAUGCCACCACAGGGGCUGUUGGUACAACCAGAGAUGCACCUGCCCCACCCCACGCACCCCGGCUUGCAUCCACACCAGUCAGGAGGACCGAUUCCGAACGCUGCGCUUUAUGCUGCUCCACCCGUUUCUUUGUCUCCUGGACAGCCACCCCCACAGCAACUGCUAGCCCCACCCUUCUACCCUCCACCUGGAGUCAUGACAUUUAGCAACACCAACUACCCUUACCCUGCUGGAGCUACACUACCCCCCAUGUACCCCAAUGCACAGGCUCAGUCACAGGUGUAUGGUGGAGUGACGUAUUUUGACACAGUACAGCAGCAGGCUCAACCCAAACCUUCUCCACCACGCCGCACUUCACAGCCAGUCACAGUCAAACCUCCCCCACCAGAGGACCAGAGCAGGAAGCCCAGUGAGGAGGUGCGCUCCUAGCUGCUGCUGAAAGAAGUGACCAGGACCAGCACCACUUGUGGAUGAAUAUAUUUUCGCUUUGUUACAUCACCUUUUUUUUUCUUUUCUUUUUUUUUUUUUUUAAAGGAAAAACUUGCAAUGUUUGAUUUUAUUCAUUUUGUUAAGCAUGUCCACAUUUACCUUCAUGCAAGGCCCUCCUCGCGAGUCAUGUCUCGAUUGUAUUUUUCAUCACCUGAUCUGUUUGCAGUGUACUGCUUCACUCUCUCAUCAAAGCAUGUAUUAGUUCCUGAAGGAAAUGUACUGUAAAAUAUACGUCAAGCCGGCACAGAAAGAGGUUUCGCUGCUAUUAAUCACUAUCAUAAUCAUUAUCAAUAAAUGUCACGUUGUACUAAUAAUCCAGGCUGUUAUUUUAGAUGGGAAAGGUAGAUAAAUGUGAUUACAAACAUUUCAUUUAGUGCAGCAUGUUGAAUGUGUUAGAGAAGAAAACAUGUCCAAGGCUAUUGAGAUCAAUGUCUGCCAGAAAUGCAAUACAUACUUGUUGCAAAUUGGACCUGCAUGAUAAUUAUCUGGUGGAAUUUUUUAACCAUAGUACCCCCUUUUGUGUUUUGAAGAAUGCAACAUGAAAGCAGGUCAGCGCCACACAGUAACACAUUAGGAUGCUCAUUUAACGUUGAAUUUAAAUAUGCAUGUAGUGUCUUCGGUUUAUCAUUCACAUUCAGCAUUAGAGGGCACUUUGGCCUGGCAGUCUAUGCAUCUCCUGUCACCCCCCCCCCCCCCCCCCACCCCCAUAUCUGUGUAAAUGUUUAUUAGUAACUAAAAUAAGGCAAUAUGUUUCAGCUGUAGUGCAGUUUCUAGACCAGUCAGUGAGGGCAGGAAGCACUGAGCUGUGGCAUGGUAUGAUCCAUGCUAGUGGAUAAACUAAUUGACCAAAAAAUGUUGGCAUCCCAGCUGUCAGUGCUGACAUACAGAGCUACAGAUCUAAAGAGCUCCCAUUCUGUGGUCAACACAAAGCACAUGCACAUGUGAUUUACGCAGAAAUUUGUGAUUGUGCACCUUUAAGGGCUGACAGAAAGGCAGUGAAUUAUAAGAAUUAUAAGUAUGACUGUUCUUAAUGGCAGGUUUAAAUAGUUAUUGGAGGUCAUGUGAUUUUUAAUUCGAUAGCUGUCUCCUCAUAGGUUCUAUUGCAUUUUUUUGUAACUCUAACCCAACAGUGCUGAUUUUCAAGUGCUCAAGCAGUAUAGUUUCUGUAAAGGUGCUAGUCUCCUGUGUGUAGUGAAGUGUGAACUCUUCACUCUUCCCCACAUCAAUGGCACAUGCCUGAUCUCUGUAUCUUUGACUUUGUUCUGUGUUAAAUACAAUACUGUAAUAACAGUUUCAAGUUAAGAUGAUUUUACUUGGUAGAGAGUGUUCUGUGUAAUGCUCGCUCAACCAUUUAACAGUGCACUUUGUGCUGUGAUGUUCUGGGGAAAACUCAGCCCAGAACCGUUCACUUUGCCUGAAACUGAUGUACUUGACAGUACUACUGCUUGGUAAUGGCUUUCUAGUGUACGUGUAUAUAGAAUAAAUGUAUUAUUGAAGCCUGUGGUUUAAAAAGCAGUAAUACCUUAAACUUAGUUACUAGUGAAAUACUGUCACCUUGAACAAAGUCAGCAGGGAUUCCUAGCCUUUAUUUGUUGUCUAAUGAAUUAACUGAUAACUUGCAAUUAUCAAUCGUAUCAACAGCUUAUUUUGUUUUAUAGAUGUGCUAAUUACAAGUUUUUUGUUUGUUUGUUUUUUUUUUUAAUUUUAGGAGCACUGUACAGGCAUGCAUGAGCAUAUGGCUACAUUUUUGUGAAAGCAAUUCUAGGUGAGCUCCAGGGGCUGUGAAUCUGUUCCCAUCAACUCCACCAGACUGUGUGAUGGAUAUGUCCUUUAAAAUGGUUCCCUUUAUCAUUUGCUCCUGAUAGCCUGCCAGUAUAACUGAAAUCCUCUUCUUACGUUAUCAGUGUUGUUUAGAUGUGGGUUAUAAGAUGAUUUGUGAUGUUACUUUCUAUGCCUUAAAAAUUGCAUUGGUUUGACAUAUCUGCUCCGAUUGACUAGACCUGCCAACACUGUGACGGGCUUGUACGUUUCAUAGGUGUUUUAAUGUUCAAAUGUGUUUUUUUUUUUUUUUUUUUUUUUUUUUUU